GGGUUUUAUCUCAAUUCCAACCGGAAAGCACGAUGGGAAAUAUUUCUGUCGCUGAUGUAAACAAAUUAUAACAGAGCACCGAAAGCUGUGAAAAACUUAACCAAAUCAAUAGAAGAUAGAAACAGAUAUCAUUGUGAUGAUAUUUAUUAAUCGGAUAUGACAUAGACAUAGCAAUUUCCAAUUUUUAUUAUUAACCAAAGCAUUUAUAUAACCAACGUGGCAGUAGCAGAACUUGUCUGAGCCAGAUUUUGUGUUGCCGGCGAAAAUGGGACUAUUUGGAAAAUUUGCAGAAUGGCUUGGUUUUAAGAAGGAAGCAGCAAAUGUAAUAGUAAUAGGUUUGGAUAACAGCGGGAAAACUUCUAUCCUUAAUCAUCUGAAAAAUGAAGAUCAAAAGUCACUUGAUAUUGUACCAACUGUUGGAUUCAAUGUGGACAAAUUGAAAGUGAAUUCACUUAGCAUAACAGCAUUUGAUAUGUCUGGCCAAGGGAGAUAUAGGACUCUAUGGGAGCAGUAUUAUAGGGAUUGUCAUGGAGUUAUAUUUGUAGUUGACAGCAGUGAUAAACUUCGUAUGGUGGUUGCUCGAGAUGAACUUGAACAGAUGCUAUCUCAUCCAGAUAUAUGUAAGAGAAGAGUACCAAUUCUAUUUUUUGCAAACAAAAUGGACUUGCGUGAUGCAGUUUCUAGUGUGAAAGUGUCAUCACUUAUGGGUCUGGAUUCAAUUAAAGACAAUCCAUGGCAGAUAUGUACCAGCAAUGCACUAAGCGGUGAAGGACUACAUGAAGGAAUAGACUGGCUUACUGGUCAAAUGAAAGACAGUCUAGCCCAAAGGAGGAAAUGAUCUUAGAACAUAACAAUAAAUGUAAAGAAAUUAGUGGCUUUAAAUAGAAGAAAUUAGCGCUGAUCAUGACUGAUGGGACCAAUAGAUAUUUCUCUGUACCAUUCUAACUGAAAAUCUCAUCUUAGAUAAUAAUAGUGAUAUACUUAAACUAGGGUCUGAAAUUAAUAUACAGCUGUAGCUAUUUUGUACCAAUAAUUUGAUAUCAUUUCUAUAUUACUACAGUAUAUGGUUAUGAAAAAAUUGUUUCAAUGCUUGUUCAGAAAUGUGAACAGUAAAUAUUUUUAUCUGUACACUAUUGAUUUAGAUCACAAUAACAUUAGUCAUUUACACACCA